AUGGAUACAAAUACAUGUGCUUGCAUUGACGAGGACGAGAACCGCUACCCGCAGAAGCUGGCCUUCGCCGAGUGCCUGUGCAACGGCUGCAUCGACAGCAAAACGGGCCGGGAGACGUCCGCGCUCAACUCCGUGCUCAUGCACCAGACCAUGAUGGUGCUGCGCCGCAAGCCCUGCCCGCACAGCGCCAACCCGGGGACCUUCGCCUUCGACGUGGACUACAUCAAGGUGCCGGUUGGCUGCACCUGCGUCCUCCCUCGGGCCAGCCCCUGA